UUGAACCCUCAUCAAAGGGAGCAGUUUGCAAAGAUGCUUAGUGGACCACAGAUUUUAACCUUCGGUAGUAUCAUAAAAUUGAAAGGCAGGAAUAUAUUUUUUUAUCUAGAAAAAGGGUUUGACAACUUCCAAAAGUACCUAGCUUUUCCACUGGAUACACAUGGUUCCCCGGUUUGUCCCUCUUACGUAAUAUCAUUGAUUCCCAGCUUUAAGACAUGUAUUAAUUUAAAAUUGCACACCUAAACAAUUUCUUCUUUUUUACAAAGUUUAAAGCCACACCUUUUAUUGCUUCAAUCAUGGCAGGGAGGCUACAGCCACCAAUCUCACAGGCAACAUCAGUCCCGGCUCAUAAUUGGCAGCUCAGCCAUUCAUUUUCAGAACUCCUAUAUUAGGUUAUUAACCAAAAACUCAGAUAAAAGGCAGUGUGUCCUCACUGGCAGGCAUCCAGCACCUUUAGUACGCAACAAAAAGGAGCAAACUUCCCACGUUAUGUUGAUGCAAUGUGAUAUCAGAAUCUGAAUUGCUAAAAGACUAUCCAAGGAAGCUAAUUUUUUUAGCUUCCUAUUCAAAGCAGAAGUUCUUGAUGUAGGAAUUGAAAUCUAUUUCUCACCUGUUAUGGCUCAGUGUAUCGAAACAUCAAAGACAUUUCACCUUCCCUAAAUUCUGUAAUUCAACAAUGAAGAAUUCAUAGAGCUUAGAAUGAGAGAACAGCUCCACACCAAAGCAAACUUCAAAGGAAAAUCAGCAAAAUAGUACACCAGUAAUAGCACUUGGAGUAAGUGAUAUAUAAGUUGCUGAUUAAUAAAGUAAUGAAUAUGGGAAAACACC